AAAAUCUCAAGUCGGCAAAUUUGGCAUCGCAGCAGGUUCCAAACUGGCCCAAAUCGAUUCAAAAACAUGGUCCAGCACUAAACCGGUCCUUGGACUCAUCAUACCAAACGGAUAGACCAGGCAGUGAAGUCCGUACUAGAAGAGAGCAAGUCGAGUUUAAGUUCCUUCGGAGUCUUCAAAACAAAAUAACAAUGACCCAUUGCUGCGCGGUUCCCGGCUGCGACGCGUCUGACCGUGAUUUUGGCACCGUACUGUUUAACGUCCCGAACGAUGGCACCUUGCGGCGCCGCUGGACGAAGGCACUCGGCAGGCCCAGCCUGCCAGAGUCGAGCCUGGUGUGCUGGAGUCACUUUGGCGCCAAUUCGUUUCUUCAAGACGGGACGCUCUUCCAGCUGGAACCGGGCGUCGUUCCGACGCUGUUUCUUGGAGCGAACAAAAAGGGUUCGCCUGAUUGUUUUUGUCGCUUUUGCGCCGAAAGAGUCGACGAUGGGAAUGAUUUGGCGGAAAUGUUACAAUCGGAAGAUUCGAGGACGUUUUUGAAAUUCUUACUGCCAGGGAAUUUUGAAGAUAGUCCUUCCAGAAUUGUCUGCGACGAUUGCCUCCGGCAAGCAAAACUUGCACUACGAUUCAUACGCAACGUUGAGAAGGCCGCCCAGGAGCUAAACAGGAUUGCUCAAUCCCAACCGUUUACUGCCGCAGAAAUGUUUCCGAAAUCCGAGCUCAAAACGGAGAUGGACGAGUUUGGCGAGAUACCGAUUGGUUCGGUGGAGCCGGAAGUUAAGAUGGAAGUGUCCAGCUUGGCUGGGUUCAGCGAUCGUGACGACGAUGGGGACUCGGAUUACGAGGAUAACAUUCCACUGGCCAGGAGAAUCGGAUUGGAGGACAAGAAGAAACCGUUAGGACCACUCAGCUGUGCACACUGUGACUUUACGUGCAGCAAGCCAAAACAGCUGGCUGGUCACAGGAAGAAGCACAAGAAUCUGGAGCGAAUACCCGAAGAGAUUAGGCGACCUUUGGAAGAUGAAGGUGAGGAAAUCGAGUCGGAAAAGACUUCCGACGGACUUCUUCAAUGUUCGGAGUGUCCGUACACCUGCGAAAGACUGGUUCAACUUGCAAGCCACAAGAAGAAACACACCGGAAGGAAGACCAAAACUGACCAACCCGAACCGAAAGACUUCUACGAGUGUGAGUUCUGCGACUUUACCUGCAAACAGCGUCGACAGAUGGCAGGUCACCGGGCGUCGCACUCGAACAUGAUCAAAAAGUCCAAACCAUCGGGCAAGGAGCGCGAUCACAUGUGCUCGAUCUGCGGCAAGAUCCUGUCGACGCGAGGAUCGUUCUUCGUGCACAUGAAGUACCACAACGAUCAGCGGGACUAUUCCUGCAAAAUGUGUGAUAAAAAGUUCUAUUCCAAACGAGACGUGGCCAUGCACGUGGAGUCCUUCCACGAGAAAAAGGUAUUUGAAUGCGAAAUUUGCGGCGUAAAGUGCACCUGGAAGAACGCACUGUACAAGCACAUGAGGAAGCACGACGAGACUUCGUUCAAGCACGAGUGUUCGUACUGCGGGAAGAAGUUUAUCGCGGCCAACGAGCUGCGGGUUCACAUCUGGCGCCACACCGGCCAGCAGCUGAACUGUGAGAUCUGCGGCGCUGGUUAUAGGUUCAACUUUCUGCUCACGCAACACAAGAUUCGCGAGCAUGGCGCUCAGAUCGAGGGCGUGAAGCUGUACAAGCGGUUCCAGAAAGGUAAGGGAAAAGGGACGGUCAAGCGAAAAGAUCAAAACCCAGUUACUGAGGAGCAACAGCAGCAACUGUCGUCACCGGACGCGUCAAGCUAUCCACCGCCACACCAUCCAAUGACCUUCCAAGAGACCGUCCCCCAGCCUCCGGAUCAUGGCGGGCCAUUCCAACAAGUUAGCAACUACUAACUAAUAAAUGCCAUCGAAUACUUGA